ACUAUUUUUUAAAGAGAAUUUGGCGCCAAUUAAACCCCGGGAGAUAUGGAAAAUAAUCAAAAUGCGCGCGUAUAGAGAUAGAAAACAAGUGCUGAGAGAGAGAAAGGGAGAAAGAAUGGCUAGACAUCCAGAUCUCCAAGCCUCCAAUUUCUCUCUCCUUAAUAGCUUGGAUUCUCAGGUUUUGGGUUCUUCUGACUCGCUCUGGCUUCCUUCUGAACCUCCUGACAUCAGAAAUUGGUUCUCGAGCUAUGUGUAUGAGUCUCCGGAAUCGAAUAGAGGUGAUGAUUUUGAAGGUUGUGAUGGUUUUAAGGGAAGUAAUGGCGAGAAAGAGGGGUUUGAUAUUGAAGUGGGCAACAAAGAAAAAGAAGAGAAUUUAAGGGUGCUCAGAAUAGUAGGAAAAAGCGAUGAAGUAGUUGUUGAUGAAAAGGUAGCUUCAAAUGGGUUUGUUAAAGGGAUUGACUUUGUUGAAGAUAGCGAGUGUGCAAGGAAGGUUUUGGAUUCUUCAGAUUCUCUCUCGCUUUCCUCUGAGCCUCCCAACCUUAAAAAUUGGUUCUCAAGCUAUGUGUAUGAAUCUCCGGUAUUGGAUACAAGCGAUGAUUUUGGACUUUCUUAUCUUGAAGAAAGUGAAUGUGACACAGAGGGAUUUAAUGCUGGAAAGAGCAGCAAAAGAAAAGAAGAGAAUUUGAAAGAAUCUACCAGAGCUGGGAAAAGGGAUGAAUUGCUUGCUGCUGAGAAGAUGGAUUUUAAUGGGUUUGUUAAAUGUAACAACUCAUUUGAAGGAAGAAAGAAUGAUCACCGCUAUGUACGGAAGGGCAACCAUGGGGUUGAUGGGUGCAAAAACUCUGGUGUCCUGAAUGACUUGCCUUUGAGAAGGAUUUCUGAAGACAUCUUGGAAGAAGAAACAGCACAAAAUCCUUAUAUUGAUGCAGCCAAAGCUGUUGAAAAUUCAAGUGCAAAAUCUCCAAGAAAGUCGCUUUAUGGGAGGGACUUCACAGCAAAACUCUUGGAAGGUAAAUUUCAAACCGAAAAUGUUGGGAUUCAACCUCCUGGAAGUAAAUUGGAUUUGGUUGCGGUAAAUGGAGAUUCAAUGAGAAAACCAACUAGUGGAAGCAAUAACAAAGAAAAUGAUGGACAUGACUUUGCUGGAAGUGGUUUCAUUUCUACAAAAAAGAGCAGUAGUAAAGGAAAUGAUGAGAACUCUUUGAAAAGGCCAUUUGUUGUUCAAUCUGUGUCCUCGAGAAACAGGAGUUCAGUUUCACCGGCUAGUGACAAGGAUGCUAUCAUAGCAAGAAAAGUAUUAUCAGAAACGACCAAUAUUCAACGUUCUGAUGCGCUGGAAAUCGCUGGAAAAUGGCGGUGUCCCCAGAAAAAUAAGCCACAUCUUGGCCCUCCUUUAAAGCAGCUCCGACUUGAGCAAUGGGUUCGUCGAAUGUGAAAGUAUCAUCUGUAGGAUUGUAGGAACAUCAGCUUGAAUGUUUGGUAUAUGGGUCCUAAUUGAGAAAGUAAUAGCCUGUUAAUUUAUUGUCUGUUGUACAUUUGGCCUAUCAAUUCAUGGCUUUGUAUGAUCUUUCUAAAUUGGUGGAGCUCCUAGGCAAUGUGAACAGGAAGAAUUGUUACCCUGCUGAUACACUAAGAUCAUUGGAAUUGCAUAAUCAGCUCUGUAUCUCUUUAACUCUGUAUUGAGCUCUUAUUUUGUUUUGGAAUAAAUAAAUAAA